UAGCUCUAGUGCGACGGCGGAGCCGGGGGUUGGUAAAGGGACGUGGCGGCACGAGCGCAUACGGGCAGCCUGAUUAGUGUGCGAAUGAUUAAAACCGAUCAACCGGAAUGGUUCUAAUUGCGAGACCCUGACAACUCAUCAGUUGCUGGCGGAUGUAGCGAAUUGGACGAAUCGCUUUAAUUGAUAAUGGGAUAUUGCAUGCGUAUCGAUCUUUGAGAUAGAGAGAAUUUGAAAGAGAGGGAGAGAGAGAGAGAGCAAACGGUUUGAGAUAGUUGAAAAGAUGCCACACAAAGACAACAUCAGCAACGGUGCCUACAAUUACAAAAGUGAGCAAUUGAGAGCCUCACAGCCUCAGCGUUUUAGGAUCGAUUACGGCUGAGGUCGGCAAACAUUCGAACAAAACAUCCAAAAUUUCUGAAGCUAUGGGUUGCGUUUGCAGCUUUAACCUUCCUAAAUACAAUGCACUUCAUUCGUUUGCUCUUUGCAAAGAAAUUUGCUUCUUUACAGAACGUUUUGAAGUUUAUGUAUUUUACUUCAAUUUGACUGAUCAUAUUGAAAAUCUAUAGGUCUAUCUAUAGAAAUCUGUCGAAUCUUUAGAAGUGCAAUAAAAAUGAUCUCAUCACAGUUCAAUUGCAAAAUGUUCGCGUGACCCGGACGCUUCUCGAGCCCCGUAACUUGCCAACCCCUGGAUUAGGGCAUCUCUCCCGUAGUCGAAGGCAUGUGGAGCGAGUAACAUUUUGGGGAACAAGAUCUCCCGUCUAGUUUCACCUGUGUUCUCACUGCAACUCGCCAUCCUUAUCUUCCUCUCUCGCACAUACACACUCUUAAACGCUCAAACGAUAGCUCAGUUGCCGUCGCUUGUGUGUCAUUACAACCCUCCAUCACUCUCUAGUGGCCGUUCGUUUCGAUCGAUUAGAUGUCGAGAUCGAGAGCAAGAUUGACGACGCGGUCCUAUCACGGGCCGAGCCAGACCAACUUCGCCAGAUGCAACGCAAUGCAGUAGUAUGGUGGUCCCGUAGUAACGCUGUGUACGUGACUGUGUCAGUGAAUCAUCAUCAACGCAUCUAAUAGCGAACUGAUGAGCUCAACUUGAGAAAGGGUGGAGUGAAGUGUCACACGCGGCGAAAUUCCUUAGCGAACGUCCGUGCUGUGCUCCGUGGAUGUUUCAAGCUCAGUGUUUAUGUGUGUGUGUGUGUGAGGCGGUGUUUGAAGUUGAUAGCAACGUUCCAGCAGUAGAAGUAGAAGAGUUCGAUGCAAAAUGGCCAGCGGUGCGAUAAACCAGCCAGCGCUCGCCGGGUGCGGUCGGGCAGCCGCCGGUGAACCGUGCGCCACCGUGCCGCUCAAGUUUAUCUACGUGCCGCAGAAGCUCGAGGUGUACGAGUACGAGACGGCCAUCUUUCAGUGCAUCAUCGAGGGCUACCCGACGCCGGCCAUGGCCUGGCAGCGCAACGGCGCCCUGCUCGCACCCUCGCGCACCAUUUCGAUCCAGAGCAAGGGCUCACUGUGCACGAUGAAGAUCCAGUGCGUGAGCGCGAAGGAUGCCGGCCCGUACCAGCUGGUGAUCGAGAACGAGAGUGGCCGGGUGGAGCGCACGAUCGAGCUGCUGGUGCUCGAGAAGAUCCGCACGAUCAAUCGGGUGAAGCGGAACAGCGAGCCGGCGGCGAGCAGUAUGCGCAUCUACCGCCACAUCAACGACUAUUCGCCCCAGGUCGGCGAGUACAUCGUGCUGAACGCGGAGUACUACGCACCGUCCAUACCGGCCGUGCGCUGCUUUCACAAUGGGCGCGAGCUGGACGAUGGCCGGAUAUUCCAUCGCAGCGUCAGCCAGCGCAACGUGUCGCUCGUGCUGGAGAAGGCGAAGGCGAGCGAUUCCGGCACGUACACGUGCGUGCUGGAAACGAUCGACGGCUGCAUGAAGGUGAUGUCGGCGGAGAUCGACGUGCAGGACCCGAAGUGGUCGGUACCGGUCGGACAACUGCCCCGGAUCGUGCGCGAGCUGCCGAAGGUGAUCACCGUCACGGAGGGAACCGAGGUGGAGCUCAGCCUGGAGCUGCAGUGUGCCGAGCUGGUCAAGUGUUCGUGGAAGAAAAAUGGCCGCCCGGUGAAGGAUUCGACCGACUUUGCGUACAUCGAUCACGGUAAUGGCAAGUUUGGGCUACGACUCAAGGACCCGUUCCUGGACGAUGCCGGCCUGUACGAGUGUUGCAUCGAGGCGGCCAAGCAGCAGCUUACCUCCAGUUGCUAUCUGGACGUGCUCGAGCUGGACCAGCAGCAGCCGCCACCGAUGGACUGCGAUCACCGGCCGCCGGUGCGCUUCGUACGCUUCCCGCUCUCGCAGAUCGCGCUCGAGGGCGACAACGUGGAGUUUUGCGCGUGUGUCCAUCCGCCGGACAUGCGGGUACGGUGGUACGUCCGGGGCAUGGAAAUUACCAGCGGUACCAAAGGAUUUUCGAUGGAGUCACGCGACGAUGGAGCGAACAUUCUGCGAAUAUUCAACAGUGCGUACCGGCAGAGCGGCGAGGUAAAGUGUUGCAUCCCCUCGACCGAGAGCGACCGGCAGGGUCAGCUGUGCGCGUACGCCGACCUGUGCGUGCUGCCGAAGGCGUACGUCGGUGCGUGCGAGCGGCAGGAAGUACGGCGGGAAAUCGAACGGUACGGCGGCAGUCAGCAGAAGCUGCGCUUUCUGCACUCCCUGCAGGACGAGGUGGUACUGCAGGGCGACGACGUGAUCAUAGAGGCCUGCUACCAGGGCCAGCCACCGGCCGAGCUGCGCUGGAAGCGAUCGGGCCGAUUCAUCACCGAUAGCAAUGCCAGCACGAGCAAUCUACCGGGCCGCACCCGGCUGCUUCUAACCAACAUCGAGCCGGCCCAGGGCGGUAAGUAUAGCAUCCAGCUCGACAAGGCCUGCCCGGAAACGGAGCUGUCCAUGUGUUUGCGCGUCGAGUCACCGCCGGAACCGCCUGCCGGACGGCCGACAGUGGCCCCGCUUAGCCCAACCGCCCUGACCGUAUCGUGGAAUCCUGCCCCGUACGAUGGAGGAAGUGCCAUAACUGGAUUUGUGAUCGAGAUGGAACAGAAUGGCGAAGACCGUUGGACCUGCGUCAAGCGUGUGCCGAACUCGUUUUCCUGUGUCAUUGACAGCUUGCAGCCGGACGGCUCGUACCGGUUUCGAAUACGGGCAGAGAACGUGCACGGCACAAGCCAUCCGACACCGGCCAGCGAACCGGUAACGGCACAGCACGAGGCCAAACGCAUCAACGGCACGUCGGAGACGCGCACGAGCCUGCUGGCCGCCAGUCCCACGUCGAGCGGGGCAAGCUUCGGCAGCGACGUCGGCAACGGUGAGUCUGGCGGGUACGCGGACCACGAGGGUGACGGUGGCGAAAGCAACAGCCAGCACCAGCACCAGCAGCAGCCGUGUCCCGCGACGCUAACGAUCGCCUCCGGCGGUGACUUUAACGAGCAGUUCGAGGUGGUGAAGGAGGUGGGCAAGGGACGGUUCGGCGUGGUGUACAAGGUGAUUGCCCGGCAGGGCGAGGCGGGCACCGUGCUCGCGGCCAAGAAGGUCAAGUGCAUCCGGCUGAAGGACAAGGAGCGCGUCUGGCAGGAGACGGCGAUCAUGGAGAGCCUGGAGCAUCCGAAGCUGCUGCGGCUGUUCGCCACCUUCGAGCUGCCGAAGGAGAUCAUCAUGGUGGUGGAGUACAUCUCCGGCGGCGAGCUGUUCGAGCGCGUGGUCGCGGACGACUUUACGCUCACCGAGAAGGACUGCGUGAUCUUCGUGCGCCAAAUCUGCCAGGGCGUGGAGCACAUGCACAGCCGCCAGAUCGUGCAUCUGGACCUGAAGCCGGAGAACAUUAUGUGCGCCACCAAAACGAGCCACGAGAUCAAAAUCAUCGACUUCGGUUUGGCGCAGCGGCUGUGCGCGUCCAGCCCGACGCGUGUACUGUUCGGGACGCCCGAGUUCAUUGCGCCGGAAAUCAUCAACUACGAACCGAUCAGCGUACAGUCGGACAUGUGGAGCAUCGGCGUGAUCUGCUAUGUGCUGCUGUCCGGCCUGUCGCCCUUCAUGGGCGACAACGACGUGGACACGUUCAGCAACAUUACGCGCGCCGAGUACGACUUUGACGACGAGGCGUUCGAUCUGGUGUCGGACGAGGCGAAGGAAUUCAUUGCGGGGCUGCUGCGCGGCCGCCAGGAGGAGCGGCUGACCGCCCAGCAGUGUUUGCAGUCGGAGUGGCUUUCGCUCAAGGGCGGCGACAACGUUGGUGUGAACCAGAUCCGGACGGAUAAGUUGAAAAAAUUCAUCAUCCGUAGAAAAUGGCAGAAAACAGGCAAUGCCAUACGGGCCCUCGGAAGGAUGGCAAACUUAUCCGCUUCCCGGCGCGUGUCGGUAGUGCCGCGCGAAACCAACCCCGAAUAGCUGGCAUCAGGAUGCGAUCUAUAGUGCGGGCAGCACGGCCAACAGUACGUCCGGCAGCAGUUUGUUGAGUGUUUCCGAUACCAAAUGAAAGCAUCUGAUGAUAAGCGUAAAUGUUUGAUUGUUAUUGUUUUACCUAUAUACUACGUGUACUAUGCAGACAAAACUACUACAUCAAUAAAGCAACUAAGUUAGAGCGAACUCUGU